AUAUCCAUCCAGGAAGUAUGUGUUUUGUACUGGAAUAUCCCUUGCUUGUUUCCAGGUCUUUGCUACAGGACCAUCGCACACCUCCGUAAAAUCCCGAGCUAUGGAGGAACAAUUCGUGCUGAGGGUUCCUCCCUCUGUAGCUGAGAAGCUGCACAGUAUUCUCAGUGAGAAUUCCGAUGAAGACUCCAUCGAUCUCGCUUUUAACGGUGAUGGACGAACAGGCAAGUUCACAAUUGGACAGGACGAGUACGAAGUCUCGCUUGUGGAUCUACCCUGUGUCGUGGAAUCGUACAAAACUUAUGACCAUUCCGUGCUGAUCAAAACAGCCGACAUUGGACAGAUGAUCCUCGUGAAUGAUCCGGAAAAUCCCUCGAAGCCAGAUGCUACACCGGAGUACAAGCAUGGACUCACCCCUGCCAUGAAAAACGCACGAAAGCGAAGGUUUCGCAGGCAACCCGACAUGGAUCCUGAAUACGUGAGUAAAGUCGAGGAAGACCUGACGAACAUAAUGGCAGGGGGCACUGCUCGCGAUGUAGAUGUUGAAGUUCUUGAGCAGGAAGAAGAGGUCGAAGACGAGCCUGUCCAAAGGAAGCCAGCGCCAGAGCCAGUUCCCGCUGGAGUUGCCACUGACAAGAACAAAGUUUCAAAGCCAGUCGCUGAUGGUUCUUCGUCCUCUGACGAUGGCGACUACGACGACGACUCGGAUAAUUAAGAAAAGAACACUGGUAUCUUGGAUCUGUAUUUAAUCUAUGUUUCUAACCAGCGCAGGAAGUGAAGCUAUCAAGUAACAGUUGUCAUGGUAAGCAUUCGUUGAUGAUGCUGCCUCUUCGCUAUCACUGAUGUGUUUGUGGCUGUAGUUUAGUGGUAAGAAUUCCACGUUGUGGCCGUGGAGACCUGGGCUCGAAUCCCAGCAGCCACACCUUAUUAAGGUUCCUCUUUUUUUUCUCA